AUGUCUCAAUCUUCUACACCGGUACUCUAUACGUUUGGUGGCUCGGUUUGGGCAGCAGUCCCAGAGCUAGCUCUGCGAGAGCUAGGUUACUCUUCCGACACCAUAUCCAAGCAAACGGUCAACCUCGUAUUGGGCGAGAACUUCAAACCCGACUUCAUCAAGAUUAACCCUAACGCAACGUUGCCGACGCUUGAGGCCGACGGGAAAGCGUACACCAGCACGACCGACGUCACUGCAUAUCUCGUGCAAAACGCGCCUAAGAAAGUGAAAGCAGGGGACGCGGACUUCAUCAAGGAGAUCCACGAAGAUAGCAUUGAUCCUAACUUUGCCCUGCUCCUCGCCAGGAACCAAGAAGAACUUGCAGCGAAAGCUGCAGGGUUACCAGGUGUUUUCUUGUCCAACAGACAAGAUACGUUGGCGAAGGUCGCUGCGUCUAUCGAGGGCAAAGAGUUUGAAGAAUUCUACGCGGAUAAGAUAGCUGGGAACGGUGGGCUCCUAGAUAUCUAUCGGGGCAACGCUCUUGAAGCAACGAAGGAUGGCUUCUUCCAACAAUCGCAGGACCACUUUGCCAAUGUCGGUGCAUACAUCUUGAAGAGUCUUCCCCAGCGUCUGCCUGAGGCUACGGCUUUCUUGGGUGGAGAUAUUCCCGGAGAAGACGAUUUCCAUCUGGGCGCGUGGUUGGCAAGGAUCGCUGCUACCGUCGGCGCAAUCAAGAGCGAGGAAGGUUUAACGGCUCUGAAGGAUGCAUUUGGCGCGGAAGUCCCCGAGCAAGUAGCUGGGUACUGGAAGGCGUGGAGCUCCAGAGAUAGUUGGAAGGACGUAUAUGGGGAAGGGUUGCAUUGA